AGGCCGGGGCCGAGCCGGCAGCGCCGAGCCCUCCCCUCUCCCCUCUCCCCGCCCCUCCGCCGCCCGCGGCGCCGCCGGGACCGGGAGCCGGGACCGGAGCCGGGACCGGAGCCGGGCCAUGCCAGCCGGAGCCCCCGCGGGCGCGGCGCGGCACCAUGGCCGCUGAGAACCGCUCGGCGCCGGGCGGCGGCGCGCCCUGGGCUGGGCUGCCCGAUUUCAUCUUCCAGAAGGAGCUAUUUGCUGUGAGAGACACAGAUCCCAUGCACAACCUCUCUGCUCAGCCCUGGCAGGCAAAGAUGGCCAACCUGACCUAUGACAACUUCACCCUGGGCAACCACUCCGAGGUGGCUGUGCAGCCUCCCACCAACUACAAGACAGUGGAGCUGGUUUUCAUUGCCACUGUCACCGGCUCACUCAGCCUUGUCACUGUGGUGGGGAACAUCCUGGUGAUGCUCUCCAUCAAGGUGAACCGCCAGCUCCAGACUGUCAACAACUAUUUCCUCUUCAGCCUGGCCUGCGCAGACCUCAUCAUCGGGGUCUUCUCCAUGAACCUCUACACGGUCUACAUCAUCAAAGGCUACUGGCCACUGGGGGCCGUGGUGUGCGACCUGUGGCUGGCUCUGGACUAUGUGGUGAGCAAUGCCUCUGUCAUGAACCUGCUCAUCAUCAGCUUUGACCGGUACUUCUGUGUCACCAAGCCCCUGACGUACCCGGCCAGGAGGACCACCAAGAUGGCAGGGCUAAUGAUCGCGGCCGCGUGGAUAUUGUCCUUCAUUCUCUGGGCCCCUGCCAUCUUGUUCUGGCAGUUCAUUGUAGGCAAGAGGACAGUCCCUGAGAGGGAAUGUUACAUCCAGUUCCUCUCCAACCCAGCGGUGACAUUUGGCACAGCCAUUGCUGCUUUUUACCUGCCCGUGGUCAUCAUGACGGUGCUGUACAUCCAUAUCUCCCUGGCCAGCAGAAGCAGGGUAAGGAGGCACAAGCCUGAGAGCAGGAAAGAGAGGAAAACCAAGUCCCUCAGAUUCCUCAAGGGCCCCAUGGUCAAACAGAACAACAAUAAUUCUCCCAAGAGGGCUGUGGAGGUGAAGGAGGAGGUGAGGAAUGGGAAAGUGGAUGACCAGCCAUCUGCACAGACAGAGGCCACUGGCCAUCAGGAGGAGAAGGAGACAUCCAAUGAGUCCAGCACCGUCAGCAUGACCCAGACCACAAAAGACAAGCCCACAGCAGAAGUCUUGCCAGCAGGGCAAGGACAGAGUCCAGCCAUCCCCCGGGUGAACCCAACUUCCAAGUGGUCCAAGAUUAAGAUUGUCACCAAGCAGUCUGGGUCUGAAUGUGUCACCGCCAUUGAGAUCGUGCCAGCUAAGUCAGGUGCCUCUAACCACAACUCCCUGGCCAACAGCCGCCCAGUCAAUGUUGCCAGGAAGUUUGCCAGCAUCGCCAGGAGCCAGGUACGGAAGAAGCGCCAGAUGGCUGCCCGGGAGAAGAAAGUCACCCGCACCAUAUUUGCCAUCCUGCUGGCCUUCAUACUCACGUGGGCACCCUACAACGUGAUGGUCCUCAUUAACACCUUCUGUGAGACCUGCGUGCCCGAAACAGUGUGGUCCAUCGGCUACUGGCUCUGCUAUGUCAACAGCACCAUCAACCCAGCCUGCUAUGCCCUCUGCAAUGCUACUUUCAAGAAAACCUUCAAGCACCUUCUCAUGUGCCAGUACAGGAACAUUGGCACAGCCAGAUAAACUGGUACUCAGGGACCACUUCAGUAUCCUUAUGGAAACCCUUCCCUUUGCCUCCUUUGCCAGCAGAGGUUCUUCUGCUCACCACUCACAACAGUGCAGACUGUGCAGUGAUUGCAGAGGAUGCCCUUCAUCCAAUGCUGACAAAGAUCCAAGGCAUUUCUGAGCUACAGGUCCUUCCAGUCACCCUGGGCCUGGGGACUAGCUCAGGGAGCCAGGGAGAAAGUCAGAGGCAAGAGGAGAUGUGGUCACCAGGAGCCCUUCCCAGCUCCAUGCUCUUCAGAUUGGCCAAAUGGCAUCAGUGUUUCUCCUAAGACUGGAUGUACCUUUUUCCCCAGCUGACCAUCUCCAUGGCAUCAGAUCUUGUCUGCAUGCAGAUGGGCUAAUGCUGGAUGCUUUCCAUUGGCUUAUAAAGCAUUUAUUACCCAAGAAAUGAAAAGAAACCAGGAUCAAACAUUGCUAGACAUCUUGGACCAGGCUGACUCAGGCAGGCUAAUGGGGAGUCCUGCUGGCCCAGGCAGGCCCCCUGUGAAGGCAGUCAAGACUGGAGCCUAACAGAUGUGGCAAGAUGCUUCCUUUCCCUUGAGAGUGCCAUCAGACAUCCUCACCCAGGGUCCUGGGGCAGAAUUUUUCCCUGGGCUCUGGCUCUGCUCUCCCCUUCACAUCCUUUCUGCCCUUAGACAGCAAUUUGCUGGAAAGACAGACAGAUAAACCAAGCAUUUCACUCCUGGGUAAGGAGUGUGAGACCCAGUUGCCCCCGACAAUGAUGGAAACUAAAACUGGAAAGAAAA